AUGGGUCGUCGUCGCAUCCAAGAUCCAACUGAAGAUGUUUGGUCAAUGCCAAAUUGGCCUCCACCGGUAGAAAAAAUAUUUGUUGAUUCAUUGAUUGAGGAAAUGAAAUACCAUCUCGAUGUGAUCCCAAGUAAUUUCCAUGAUCAAGCAUGGGAUAAUGUUGUCAAGGACUUUAGUCAAUGCAGCGGUUUGAAUUUCGACAAGGCAGAGCUGAAAAAACAUCUGUCUAUAUUGCGAAAACAUUAUAGAAUCGUGAAGCCACUUUACAUCCAUGGUGGAUUUGGUUGGGAUAAUCGGACAAAAAUGGUUGUCGUUGAUGAUAGCGUGUGGGCUGAGCUCCACAACACCGAUCUUGAAAAGAACACGAGCAACUCUAGUGAACGAAACAAACGCAAGACUGCAGAGCCCUCAAAAUCAGGUCCUAAUAAGAGGAAUAGUGUUGAUGCUGACAAUUCAGAAGAAUCAAAGAGCAGUGGAACGGAUCAGAAUCAGAAAGAUGAUCCGUAUUCGACAGCUAAUUGUGUUGUGACUCUAAAUGACACGCCAGGAGUUGAUCAGAGGCUAAAUAAUGCUGCUCUGGACUUGUUUCAAAAUCAAACCUGGAGGGAAACUUUUGUCACAAUGAAAACGGAGAAAAGGUUGAGCUGGUUGAAGGCCAUGAUUCCUAGAAAAACAUGA